GCGCAAAUCGCGUCUGAUAAGACCUACAUUAGACUGCUUGUUCUAGCAUAUUCAUACAUCAUCUCCUUCUAUACACGAUUCAUACAUACAUACCUUAGGAAGCAAAGACUUCAGCUAUCACCUCAGUAUGUUCGCUCUCCCUCAUAUGCCGAUACAAUCAUCACCGCUGGCUCCACGAGAGCCUCUCCUCCCAUUACAAGGGAAUGUUCCCAGCUUUCCUCUCUUCGCGAUGGAUGGUGCCAACAACAAGAACAACAACCCGCCUUCCAGCCCAGACCACACAGCCCGAACCUUUACCUUCGCAUCUCCAUCUCCCUCUCCGUCUCCGUCUCGCUCCUCCCCAUCCUUCACGUCGUCGCGAAGCAAGUCCUCCCCGUCCUUUGCUCAUCGCUACGCCGAGCAGAUAUCCAACCCGCUCAAUAAUAUAUCCCGUAACACCCGGACGGGAAGACAGUGCGCCUCUUCUUCUUCUUCCUCGUCGGCAUCCCCGUCGGCGCGCGACAAGCGACGCGAGAUAUUCCUCAACCGCGUACGACAGGACCGGACCGCGGACCGCUUCGAGGCGCGCGGCGAGCAGAUCAUGCGCAUGGAGUAUAUGGCUGAGCAGAGACAGUGGGGGGAGUCUAUGCGGCGGUAUGCAGAUCGGUACGGACGAUUACUAGAGGAAGAAGAAGAAGAGGAAGUUACGUCGGAGGAUAUGCAACAAGAUAUGCAAGACGAUAUGCUCCCCAAUCCGGAAGAUAUCUACGAGAUGCAUCCUUCGAAUGAUACGUACGGCGACGAAGAGUAUGAUGGGAUUUUCAUGGAAAUGGUUGACCAGGGACCCUCUAGUCAAGGGAUGGAUAUGUCGGUUGAUUAGGGAUUGUCUUUUAUUUAGAGAUGGUGUUAGAUGGUGUUCAGGGUUCUAUCCGAUGGGUAUAUAUGGG